GAACGCGACCACUACGGUGAACACCGUCGCCGAAGGCAGUUCGUCGACUCUUCAAGGUUCCUCCCGCGUCGUCGGUAACCGUCGGUGAACAUGACUCUUCCAAAUAUCGUCGAUCUGGAGGAAAUCAAGGAGCUGUUGCUGUCACAUCAGAAGGCGAACAAGAUUCUUCGCGAGGAUCCGCUGCCGUGGUCCGUCGGUCACUCGAAAUUGGGCGGUCGUGGACUGUUCGCCACUAGGAAUAUCGAACCCAACGAGCUGAUCUUCAUCGACGCGCCCCUAUUAAUCGGGCCGAAGUACAUGGGCAAUAAGGCUCCGAUGUGCGUGUGCUGUUACAAGAACGAGUGUCCGCUGUUUCCGUGCGACCACGGCUGCGGCUUGCCGGUAUGCUCGGAGCAAUGCGAAAAUUCACCGAAGCAUGUGGACUACGAAUGCAAGUACCUGAGGUCGUUGGUACCAACUUGCGGAACCAACUGGUCCUUGGACUUGCUGCUGGCCGUCAUAGCAAUACGAGGAUUGUUCUUGACGGAGCUGCAGCGGAAAUGCUUGGCCGCGUUUCAGUGGGACCAGAGUCACGCCGUUUGCCACGAGCUCGAACUGCUGCAACGGAAUGUGGCGAAUCCGCCAAGCGAAGAGGACAGGAUGUUAAUGAAGCGAAUUUGCAAAACACUCAACAUAAACGCGUUCGAAACGGUCAGCGUCCAGGAUAAGGAUCAUUCAUCGAGCUUGCGCGGACUGUAUCCUAUAGGCGGAUUACAAAAUCACUGUUGCGUGCCGAAUACAAGGCACCAUUUUGACGGCGAGCAACGGCUUUAUGUGAACGCUGCGCGUCCGAUUUCCGCCGGAGAAGAGCUCACCAUGUCUUAUACAAGCUUGUUCUGGGACACGAUGCUGCGAAGGCAUUUCUUGAGCGCCACCAAAUAUUUCUCCUGCGAGUGUAAACGGUGCAGCGAUCGUACAGAAUUUGGAUCUGGACUGGGGGCAUUCUUGUGCGCAUCCGAAGAUUGUUCUGGGAGGCUGUUACCUCAAAAUCCACUCAAUACAGCGACUCCUUGGGGCUGUGAUAAAUGCUCGGUCGUCAUAAGCAAUCGACAGAUAUCUUCGAUUCGUUCCAGUUUGUCAGUUAUAAUGGAAAAUGUCCUUCAUAAAACUCCGCGUGAAAUUUAUAAUUUCAUGCAAAGGGAACUUUCAUUGGUAAUUCCGGCUACCAAUUAUCUUGUUAUGGACAUAAAGUUCCGAAUCAUUUCAUAUUACGGUAGAGCCGAAGGCGUUGAAUGGGCAGAUUUAUCUGUCGCGGAGCUUGAUACUAAGGCUAAAUAUUGCAAAGAUUUGCUCUCUGUUCUAAAAACUUUGAACUGUGGUGACUGCAAGAAGAAGGGUCUUAUUUUGUAUGAAUUAUAUUGCACAAACAUGGAAAAAAUGAAAAGAAUACAACAACAACGGAACAUCGCAAAUGAUCACGCACAUUUUUCUAUACAGAAUGAUGAAAACGAGCGUCUAUUAAAGGAAGCAAUGACUAUACUGCAAAAUGAUGUUGUCGCAGCUGUUACCUUUGAAUAUGAUAAGAAAUUUUUUAAAUAAUGCUAAUUUUUAUUCCAAAAAUAGUACAAAGGAAAUAUGAUUUUCAUAAAGAAAGAAAAUAAUCGUUUGCUCAUAUUAAAAAUGAAUUGUUAUAUGUAAUAUUAUCUAUACAUACCUUUCAGAUGUGUACAAAAAUUUGAUAAAACACCUGAUAAAAAUUACAAUUACUACAUUAAUACGAAUCAAAUCAUUUAAGUCAAAUCAUUAAAAUCUUAAGAAAACAUACUUGUUUUUCCAAAAUUAUAAGCACACAAGAUUUUUAGAAAUGGUUUUGUUUAGAUUUAAGCAUCUAAAACAUUUAUAAUUUUUUUGUAAUUUAAAGAAAAUAAUGAUAUAAAAUAGUAACGUAAUAUUCGUGUACGUUUUAUGCUUUUUCAAUACAGUUACUCGAUCAUAAUCAACCUUGACGAUUAUGAUUCUUGUAAAGAAUAAUAUAUAAAAAAUGAAUAAUAUACAAAAAAUAUUCAAUUAUCGUAAUCGAAGGGCUAAAUGUUAAAAAGAAAUGGAUCAAUUUAAUUUUUUCCUACAUUGCACCACUAAAGGUUAAAUUGGCUGCAGUUGGCAACUGAACCAAUCCAACAUAUAAUAAAUCGAUGCACUUUCGCAUUAUAUUCUACUAUUUAAUAUAGCUGCAAAGUGCAAUUUUGGGAGUCAUGUCCUAUAAAUAAACGCUUUUUCAUACAACUUGUUGUAAUAAACAUUUUGCUUCUUCAUAUAGGGCUGUACACGGUCUCAAGACUUCUAAAUCAUAAUCCACAUCUUCUUCAGUAUUUACAUUGCUAUUCCUAUAAAAAUAUAGCGUCAAACACGUUACAUCAGAUUAUAAAUAAAUUAUAUAAAACUUACUUAUACAAAAAGUCGUCCAUCGCAGGUAACAUUUCGUUAUUUAGAUUAUGUAACAAGCGAUUUCGAACAAGAGCCGUGUGCAUGAAUGCAACAUUGUGAAGGAAAAAUUCUGAAUGAUCUAUAAUAAACAUUAAA